AAGCGAGCCAAUGCUCACACGAGGUGCCACGUCGUUUUUUCACCUUUUUUACCGCCAGCGGGAGCGGGCAUCAGGUGCUGUGUCACAUUCCACGGCAGGGGUAAAGAAAGAAAAGGGAGGGUGAAAACACUUUGAAAGAUUAGGGCUAACGUAUUAGCUGCUCCCAUGGCGCCGAGGAGCCACAGAUUUGUUUUGGGCAAUGCCUCUUUUUGCGAUGGCUGUGAGAGAGCAGCGUCCCUCGCUGCUGGGAGCUGGGAAUCCAUGGCGCUUUCUUGACCCCCAUUUCCCUCGCGGCGCUAGGCUAGGCGACUAGAAAGCGCGCCAAGAUUUCUUCCCCAGAGUGUGUGAGUGUGUGGAUCUUGGUCUUGUCUUCUUGGAGGAGGAGGAAGGAGGAUCCGAAAGGAAUUGGCAUGGAUCCGGCAGGCAACAAGAAUCUGAUGGAGCAGCCACUCUGAAUUCCAAGUAAGUUCUUGCCGGCCGGCACCGGCAGGGAUUAUGAUCUCCAAGGAUGGGAAAUUCCACCAGGAAACGAUGAUCACGGCGAGGCGGUGGAGAUCACAGCCUGCCAGCCCAGCGCCAACGCCAUUUCAAGAUGACAAGUGGAGUGAGCAGGGAAGCAAAUCCUUGCAAGACAAGCCGGCCAUGGACGCUGCUCCGCGCGAUGGCUGGGGGCUCAACAUUCUCAAGCAGCAGCAAAAGGCGCGAUUGCCCAAGGGGAGCUUUGUGGAUUUGAUUGGUGACGCCGACUUGGCCAAGCUCACUCUGAGAGAUCAUGACGAGGAGCUCCAGGAAGAGGCGUCCAGUACCAGCCGAGAAUCCACCAGUGCCAUCUCGGGGUCUUUGUCGAGCACGGAGCAACGCGGAGUCCCAGUGUCGUGUAGGACUCCUAGUGGCCGGGCCUCUUCACGGGCCUCCUCUAGCGUCGGCUCCUCUGGGGAGAGCUCGGACAACAUAGAUGGCUACUUCGAUGUCGACGUAGAUGACACAAGCGAGCGCCAGGCUUGUGGAGCCAGAGCGGCUGCUUACAAGCGGGGGUUGAGCCAGAGGAGAAUAAGAGGGAGCAGCAGUAGUGAGCAGCAGCUAUCAAGCUCGAGCGUCGUCGAAGACUCGAGCGAAAAGGAGGAGAAAUGUUUGGAGAACGAGGGCAGGAAGAACUUCGAGGAGCUUCAACAACAACUACAACAAGAACAAAGAGCACAAGAAGAACAAAAGGUGCAGCACCAACAAGUGGAUCCUUUACCAAUUCAACAUCCGGUGGAGGAACUCUUUUACGCUGUCAAGAACAAGGAUGAAGCAAGAGUGAGGACGCUGCACAGUGCAAGAGUUGUUCCACUAGAGUCAACCGACAAAAACGGGAUGACACCGCUCAUCGUGUCUUGCCUCGAUGGAACCUUGCUCCAAAUGGCACGUCUUCUUAUCAGCUUGGGUGCAAACGUCCACGCAUAUCGAUCCGGUUUACAUGCCGGAUAUCCGUUGCAUCAUGCUGCCAAAAGGGGUCACGACCAGAUAGUAGCGCUGCUUCUUUCUCGUGGUGCUUCUGCAUUGGCUGUGAAUGAUGAUGGUCAAACAGCUCUGGAUAUGGCAAGGAUACGAGGCCAUGCUUCUGUGGUACGCGUGAUAGAGGACUGGAUUUCUCUCUUCAGGGGGAUAUUGCGACAAGUUACAGACAAUGCAGGCUCUCAGAUCAUGAAAAGAAUCUGGGCGGUGGUUUUACCAUCUGAAGUAACUUCCAAUGGCGUUCCGAGGCACGAACUCGUUGUUUAUAAUUCUCGCAAGGUUCCAAUGCCAGAAUCAGUCAUCCUUCUUGGAAGUGUUACUAGCGAGUUUGAGGAGCCAGACUACUUUCUAUCAGAUCCCUCAAUGAUCAUAACGGACAAAGUCACAAAGACGAAGUUCAAGUUCUACUCCCAGGAGCACGGAGACAAGCAACAGCUGUCGGAAUUCUAUAAAGCUUGCAAGGGAAUUCCACAGUGCAAGAAGCAGGCCUCCAAAGGCGAGAGGCUAGCCCGAACAAGGUCCGAGACUCUAGUUUCUCACGCCGGAUCCAUUCCUCCUCCAUCAACACGCCGGAAGAUGGACGACGUUGGGCCACGCCCUUCGCCUUCGGUGACUCGCUCCCGGUCGGAGAAGGUUUCAAGCUCCAGGAAGAACAUGAUAUUUCCAGAAGAAUCACUGAGGACGGACGAGCACUGGCAGUGUGUGAUUUGCAAGCAGGCAGCAGCAGCAGCAGCGACGCCGAGGACGUGCGCACACGUCUGUUCGUCGCGCUCAUGCUUGGCCAAGCUCAAGAAUGGUUCGUGUCCACUCUGCCGAGCUCCGGGACGCGGUCACCUGGGAUAAGUAGCUCGUUCAUUCUUUGGGAAAUAAGAAUAAAAACCUUCUGGAAGUUUUCGUA